AUGGGACAGGACAACGUCACAGAGUUUAUCCUCCUGGGACUAUUUAGUGGUGAGGAUGCAAAGGUUGCCUGCUCUGUGCUCUUCUCACUGUGCUAUAUUACUGUUCUCUCAGGAAACCUGCUCAUUCUUGUCACCAUCAGGGGCAGCUGCCUCAGUGAAAAGCCCAUGUACUUUUUCCUCAGCUACCUGUCCUUCAUGGAUGUCUGCUUUACCUCCACGGUGGCCCCCAAACUGAUCACAGACUUACUGGCCCAGCGGAGGACCAUCUCCUACAACAGCUGCAUGGCCCAGAUGUUUUAUGCACACUUUUUUGGUGGCGCUGAGAUCUUCAUCUUGGUGGCCAUGGCCUAUGACCGCUAUGUAGCCAUCUGCAGACCCCUUUACUACAUGGUCAUCAUGAGCAGAAAGGCAUGCUAUGUCCUUGUGAUGGCCUCUGUCAUUGGGGGAUUAAAUCUUUAG